AUGGCGAGCCUGAAGCGCAAGGCUGCCAGCAACGGCAAGCCGGCCAAGAAGACAAAGAUGCAGCCUCGAGCGAAGCCAGUGUCAGCCAAGAAGCGGGUCGGCUUUUCGCGAGAAUUGAUAGCACCGCCAGCGACUGCAAAGCCUAGCUUGCCAAAGAGCGCACUCAAGAAAGCUCCCCCAAAGCAGUCUUCAGAUAGCGAGGAAGAAGAACGAGAUACUAGCGAGGAAGAGGAUACUGACGAGAGCGAAGCAGCAGAAGCGCCAGGAUCAGAGCUCGAGGAUGAAUUGUCAGACGAAGAAAUGGGUGCUGCAGCGUCAGCGACAGUCAAGCCGAAGCGAUACACCAAAUUUGAGAUCAUAGCAGGAUCCUACGAACGCUUUCUGUACGGUCUCGAGGUGUCCAUGGCUCGCACGGCCGAUCAGAAAGCGCCGAGCGUGACAAUCGCUCCUAUUUUCCAAUUUCCCGCCCAUCUGUCCUGCAUAAAGGCAGUAGCAGCCAGCGAAGGUGGACAGCACCUUGCCACAGGUAGCACAGACGAGACGAUCAAAAUUUGGGAUCUCAGGCAUCGCAAAGAGGUAGGACACCUCGUCGCGCACGAAGGCUCUCUAUCUGAUUUGAUCUUUCCCUCCCCUCGCAUACUCAUCUCGACAGCGUCAGACGCUCAGAUAUGCCUGUUCAGAACACGUGACUGGGCGCUAUUGCGUUCGCUCAAAGGACACAAAGGUCGCAUCAAUUCUCUCUCGCUACACCCGAACGGUCGCAUAUUGCUCUCCGUCGGACAGGAUAAGCAUCUCCGCGUAUGGGAUAUCCUCGGCAAAGGUGCAGGCGGCGUGCCAGGUCAGGGUACCAGCACGCACCUCGGCGCAGAAGCAGAUCUCGUGCGCUGGAGUCCCAAGGGUGAUCGCUUCGUCGUCAUACUGACAAGAGAGCUGCGCGUGUACUCAGUCGCCAUGCAAGAGCAGCACAAGAUGACUGCACCCGCACGCUUCCUAGACGCAUUGUUCUAUCCGACUUCUGUAGACAGCGACGACCUGCUAGUCGCUUGUGACGAUGGCAAGAUCAAAGUCUUCAGCAGUUCAGGCGGCUCAUUCGCCCAACGCGCUCAAUUCGUCGGUCAUACGAAUCGAGUCAAAUCAAUCAAGACCGUCACUUUGACAGACGCAGACGGCGCGGAGAUAGACUUUCUCGUAUCAAUUUCAUCGGAUGGCAAGAUCAAUAUCUACUCUCUCGAUGCACUCUCGAGACCCGCCGACGUCGAAAUUGCACCCCUCGCUUCGUUCGAUACAAAAGGCUCCCGACUGACGUGCCUGACCGUCACUGGCAUCGAAGCCGGCCAGAAUGACCGGCGUCAGGGAGAGCUCGUCGGCUUCCUGUCUCAAGACGAAGACAGUGACGAUUCAGAGGCCGCUGAUCCUGUAUAG